AUGGGAUCAAGAAAUAGUAAAAGGGCCGUAGAUAAUUCGGAGUUAUCUGAUGAGAUGUCAACAGAAAAACUGGAACAUCAACAUGGAAAAUAUGGAGAAUGUAAAGAAUGCAUGCAACAAAACACUGGAUACGGCUGGUGCAUGUCCUGCAAUGCAGAACACUUUCAACAACAAUUCGAUCAAUGGACAAGUGGUAAUAACACGAUCGAUAGAUUUAUUCAAAACGCACAACUAACUGCGACUAAUAGUUGGGAAGUAUUGGAAUGGGUUCCAUACGAAAGAUUUUUUAAU